AUAACCUCCUCGUACUCCAGAAGCCUUGCGCCCGUGCAUAGAUGGAGCAGAGUUAAACGAGGCAGCAGCAGGAGCAUUUUCAUAUUUCCCUUCAUGUGCGUUCUUCUCUGCGCCUUCAGCCAACUAACAGUUGCCAGGGAAGUGAUUCAGGAGGUGACAGUGUGCUGGUGCGAGAUUGAGCACAGGAAUGUGAGCGGACCAGUAAAGAUGACCCUGUUGGCGGGUGAUGGCUCCGACUAUGACUACAGUGCCCUGAGCUGUGCCUCUGACACCUCCCUCAACCCACCUCCCAUACAAGAGGAGGAGGCUCGAAAGGGGGCUUUCUACAAGAGGGCGCAGCGUGCUCCUGAGCUCGGUGCCAUCCAUGACGACUCCUCACUCUCCAGCGCCCGCAAACUCCACGCCAUCAUCAAUGUGGGCGGCCUGCGUUACCAGCUGCCUUGGACCACCUUAGAAGACUUCCCCCUGUCUCGUCUGGGCCAGCUGCACCUCUGCAGCAGCUUUGAUGAGAUCAUGCGUAUCUGUGAUGACUAUGAUGUUACACACAAUGAGUUCUUCUUCGACCGCAGCCCCUGUGCCUUCCGGACCAUCCUGACCUUCCUGCGGGCAGGUAAGCUGCGGUCGCUCAGGGAGAUGUGCGCCCUCUCCUUCAGGGAGGAGCUGCUCUACUGGGGGGUCCCCGAGGAGAACCUGGAGUGGUGCUGUCGCCGGCGUCUGCUGCAGCGCGUGGAGGAGUUUGAAGCAAUGGAAAGGGCAGAGGAGGAGGAGGAACUCAUGGAGGAUCUGUUGGAUACAGACAGCGGCGACAGGGAGCAUGAGGACGAGUCCAGAGUCAGCCGAUGCAUGAGCAAGCUAAGAGACAUGGUGGAGAGGCCUCACUCCGGCCUCCCAGGGAAGAUCUUUGCUUGUUUGUCAGUGUUGUUUGUCACCAUCACUGCCAUCAACCUAUCCAUCAGCACCAUGCCUGCCAUGAGGGAGGAGGAGGAGGCGGGUACGUGCUCCCAGAUGUGCUACAACAUCUUCAUUGUGGAGACGGUGUGCGUGGCCUGGUUCUCCCUGGAGUUCACCCUGCGCUUCAUUCAGGAUCGCAGCAAGCUGACCUUCCUCAGACAGCCCCUGAACCUGAUCGAUGUGGUGGCCAUCUUGCCCUACUACAUCACCCUGCUGGUAGACAGCACCUCCAAAGGGGAGAAGCGGCCGGGCUCUGGCAGCAGCUACUUGGACAAAGUGGGCUUGGUGCUGCGCGUCCUGAGAGCCCUGCGCAUCCUCUACGUGAUGCGACUAGCUCGCCAUUCGCUGGGCCUGCAGACUCUGGGCUUGACUGCACGCCGCUGCACACGAGAGUUUGGACUGCUCCUCCUGUUCCUGUGCGUGGCCAUCGCACUGUAUUCCCCCUUGCUGUAUUUGAUUGAGAACGAAAUGGCCACCACCCAGGAGUUCACCAGCAUCCCUGCUACUUACUGGUGGGCUGUCAUCACCAUGACGACAGUGGGCUAUGGGGACAUGGUGCCGAGGAGCAUCCCGGGGCAGGUGGUGGCUCUCAGCAGCAUCCUGAGCGGGAUCCUUCUCAUGGCCUUCCCCGUCACCUCCAUCUUCCACACCUUCUCUCGCUCCUACGUGGAGCUGAAGCAGGAGCAGCAGAGGCUGCUGCAGAGGAGGACACACUUCCUGCUGCGCAGCCGCAUGGCCGGCCUGGGCAGCAACCUCUCCUUAGAGAGCGACAUGCUCUUCCCCAUAGGGUCAUCUGACACCAGAGACAUGGACGACUGAGGCUGUUGGACAGGAGUGGACAGUAAAGACUGGGGGGAGGACAGAAAGAGAAGAAGAGUGAGGGUACAAAAGAGAAGGAAAAUGUGACGAGGAGAGGGAGAAAAAAGCUGACAAGGAAAGAAUCUGUGAAGAGUCAGUAGGGUGCAAAAGUCUGAGACCACUUUUCAGACUUUUGGACCCUACUGUACAUAAAACAAGUUACAGGAGAGAAAAGGGAUUUAUUUUUCUUCCCAGAAAUGCAGCCUUGCUGUGUAGCAGUGUUCUUUUGAUUUGACAUGAAGAAUCCACAGAGGAGAAAAAGAGGAUGAUGAGAAAUAACAUACAUUUUUUUUUUAUAAAAUAAAAAUGAAUUUUCUUCUUUUCAUGGUCACAAAAUAUCAAAUAUAUAUGUCAUAUUUACAAAAUUAGAACUAUAAUUCUCAUACUAAUCAUAACUAUAAUACUCAUAAUAACCUCAUUAAAACAAUGCUCUAUGUUAUAAUAGUCAUAUAUUGGGAUACAUUGUAAUUCAGAUGUGAAAUAUAUGAACUGACACGAGAAAUAACUCUGGAGCACAAACACGGCGUCCUCAUGAUCCAACAACAUAGUGCUGUUUCUCACCUCUGAUUAGAUGUUGUCAUGGAUUUGUUGAUGUUGUGUAUCUCCUGGGAGUUAAGCAGCGUCUCUUGAUGGAAGACGCACUCUGCUUUUGUUAAGUCCCAACGGUUAAAUGGAAUUUCUUUCUAAGCUAAAAUGUGACCCUUAGUCCACUGAGUAUUUUCUAAAUAACUGCGAAAGCUCUUAAAACUCCCCCCUCUCUGGCACCGCCAGCAUCCACAUAUUAAUUAUGACGCGUUAAUUGUCCUUCUUCAACUCUUUGAGGUGGUUCCAUAUGCAGUUUUUAAAUACUUUUGGACAUUUUGCAUUAUUGUGCUUGUAAUUACUGCAGUUGCUGUGCAUAGCUGUUUAUAAUUUAUUUCUCUCUUUAAAGUGGAUUUAAACUGAAAUCUGUCUGUUGUGCAAAUCAUUGUUUCAUUGUCGCUUCUGAUUUUAACUUUUCACUUUAUUAUCCCAGAGGGAAAAUGGUUUGCAGUGUCAGCACAAUUGAACAAUACCAGGGACAGACAGCAUAUAUGGCGUCAUACCACACCACCAGAAAGAAAAUAAUACAGCAAUAAACAACACACAACACCACACAGCAUCACCCUGCAGUGUUUAUACGAGCAGAGGGACAUAAGUGCACUUACUGCUGUUCUGCUGCUUCCAAACAUCUGGAUGCUGCUUAAUUUGUACAAUGUGAACAUAAAAUUAAGCAUUUUAUUAUCAAUU